UUCGUUAACGCAGGAGGUUGUUUAUUUACUAUAAUACCGGAAGUAAGCAUCUUACUCAUCAAAAACUAUUUGCUGGUUGGGUCUGGAUUAAUAACAAGGAUUUAUUGUCUGCCUGUUUAAUUUUUGGGGCCAGGGUUUCACCAUGACAACCAGCCCAACUCCCUUAACAGGGAGUAUCCUGUUGCACUGGGACCCAAAAAACCUGGAGAUUCGAACCAAGUCUGUUGAGAAAACACUGGAACCUCUAGUCACUCAGGUGACAACUUUAGUAAAUCAGAAUGGUCCAUCCAGCAAGAAAAAGGGACGAUCCAAAAAGGCCCAUGUACUUUCUGCAGCAGUUCAAAAGGCCACUGAGAACUUUAUUGAACGUGGAGAGGAAAUUGCUAAUGAGAACCCAGAAGUGCGUAAUGACAUGAUGCAAGCUAUCGAGGAGGUCAAAAACACUGGUGAUGCUAUGAGAGAAGCGUCGAGUGACUUUGCUGCUGAUCCAUGUUCCUCAAUGAAACGAGGUGCCAUGGUGCGCGCAGCCAGGGGUCUUCUUUCGGCCGUCACUCGUCUUCUUAUUCUAGCUGACAUGGUGGACGUACAUCUUCUGCUGACAACGCUGCAUUCGGUUGAGAGUGAUUUAGACCAGAUCAAGAAUGCCACAAGUCAGCAGGAGUUGAUGCAGAGCUUCAAGGAGUUUGGUAAAAGUGUCGUGCAGCUCUCGGACAAAGCAGCACUGAGACAAGCUGACUUGAAGGAUCCGCGGCGCCGGGAUGAUUUGGCUGCUGCUCGGGCCGUGCUCAAGAAAAACAGUAUGAUGCUGCUUACUACAUCGAAGGCAUAUGUCCGUCACCCAGAGCUUGCGGCCGCCCGGGCCAACAGAGACUAUGCUUACAAGCAGCUGUGUGAUGCUGUGGGAACAAUAUCGGACAUCGCCCAGGCAACGGGUGCUUCCACAGCUCAUCCUUACGAGGGCCCUGGCGAGUUGGCUGCUGCCCUUAAUGAACUAGAUCAAAAAAUCAUAAUGGAUCCUUUGAGCUACAACGAGGUGAGAUCACGUCCAUCACUGGAAGAGCGUGUUGAAAGUAUCAUUAGCGGUGCUGCUCUGAUGGCCGAUUCAUCGUGUACGCGGGAUGAACGGCGCGAACGCAUCGUACAAGAGUGCAACGCAGUCCGACAAGCUUUGCAGGAUCUGUUGACUGAAUACAUGAACAACUGCAGUAAGAAACCGCCAUCGACUGAACGUAAGGAUCGUAUUAAGGCUGGUCAGAAGGAGCCUAGUGAAUCUCUGGAAAAGGCAAUAGACAACAUGUGUAAGAAAACAAAAGAUCUACGUAGACAGUUGCGUAAAGCUGUUGUUGAUCAUGUGUCUGACACAUUUCUGGAAACAAAUGUUCCACUUCUCGUACUUAUCGAGGCGGCAAAAGCCGGGGACGAGAAAGGUGUGGAGGAAUAUGCCCAGGUUUUCUCGGAACACGCCAACAAGCUCGUUGAGGUUGCAAAUCUAGCAUGCUCCAUGUCAAAUAAUGAAGAAGGCGUCAAGAUGGUUAGAAUGGCAGCCUUUGAAAUUGAUGCUCUCUGCCCACAGGUUAUUAAUGCUGCGAGAGUGUUGGCCGCACGUCCGCGGUCGAAGGUGGCCCAGGAGAAUAUGGAUGUGUUCAAAGAUGCGUGGGAAAAGGAAGUCCGUCUCUUGACAGAAACUGUCGACGACAUUACAACAAUCCAUGAUUUCCUCGCUGUUUCGGAAAAUCAUAUCCUUGAGGAUGUGAAUAAGUGUGUGAUCGCGCUCCAAGAAUCUGAUGCAGACACGCUUGACCGCACGGCUGGUGCUAUCCGAGGUCGUUCUGCACGCGUGUGUAAUGUCGUUCAAUUUGAGAUGAAUAACUACGAGCCAGGACCAUACACUGAGCGUGUCAUGGAGGCUGUCGUUAUGCUACGAGAUCAGAUUAUGCCAAAUUUUGCUGAGAAGGUUGAACUGGCUGUGGAUGGCCUGAGUGCCAACCCGCCACGAGAUAUUGAUGAAAACGACUUCAUUGAAGCCAGUCGACUUGUGUAUGAUGGAGUUCGAGACAUCAGACAGGCCGUCUUGAUGAACAGGAAUGUUACGGAGUAUGACAGUGACAGUGAAGUGGAGUUUGAAGACGAUGGGGCUGAAUAUUCCAGUAUCUCUGGCCAUGACUACAACAACGACGCCAGCGAGCGCGGCUUGAUGCGCCGUCUGCCGCAGGAGGACCGCGAGAAGAUCAUGCACCAGGUGGAGCAGUUCCGCGUGGAGAAGGCCAAACUGGACCGCGAGGUUGCCAAGUGGGACGACAGCGGAAACGACAUCAUCGUGCUCGCCAAGCAGAUGUGUAUGAUUAUGAUGGAGAUGACAGACUUCACCAGAGGGCGAGGUCCACUGAAGAGCACAAUGGAUGUGAUCAAUGCUGCCAAGAAAAUCUCCGAGGCUGGGUCACGGCUCGACAAACUCUCCAAGACCAUAGCAGAACAGUGUCCAGACUCGCAGUCGAAGAAAGAUCUUGAUGCAUACAUGCAGCGGAUUGCCCUGUAUUGUCACCAGCUGAACAUCACCAGCAAGGUGAAGGCUGACGUGCAGAAUGUCAGCGGGGAACUCAUAGUGUGUGGGCUGGACAGUGCAACUUCGUUAAUCCAGGCUGCCAAGAACUUGAUGAAUGCUGUUGUACUAACUGUCAAGGCCUGUUAUGUCGCUUCAACAAAGUAUCCCAAGAAUAACAGAUUGCCUUCGUCGGUUGUGCUGUGGAAGAUGAAGGCCCCUGCCAAGAAACCGCUGGUGCGACGUGAGGAGACUGACGAACAGAGAGCCAAAAUCAGAAAGGGAGCAUCCAAGUCGAAGAUUGAGCCAAUCAGGGCUCUGAGUGAAUUCCAGGAAAUACAGAUGGACAGUUUCUGUUAACUGUGGGACCAAGCUUUCAAGUUGCGGUGUGUGGACUGGUGAUGUACAAAUAUUGGUGGUAGUGGCAUGUGCUACUGAUAUAUAGAAAAUAUCUGACUGUGGAGAAGAAAAACCAGAUUUCUAGUUAUUAUCCACUGGUGUUUUGGAAAUACUGAUCAUAAUAGUGUGUAAUACAUAUCAAUUCCGGAGGAAAUGAUGGGGGGUGGGGGUGAUUACCCAAUUUGCUCCUCUCUUGAUAAUGUUUUGUUUACCCCAAGUUAUUUCAUUUCUAUUAAAACAGGUUGUAGGAUAAAAUGAGAAACAGCUUAAAUAUUAAGUGCUAUUACAAUAAUGAGACAAAACAGAUAUACUUAAUUUUAGUUAACAGUGUAUUAUGAACGUAAACCUCUUUUUCAGUGAUGGACAUACUAUCUGAAGGUUUACAUACAUAAUUCAGAAGGUGGAAUUAAAAUGUAAGGGGAUGGGGACUUUUUGUGGCAGUUUCCUCCGCAUUGUCUGGGACAAAAUUUCAUAGGUUGUUGGGUUGAGGGGGGAGAGGGGCUGAGAUAAAGUUGCCAUUACUGGUAAGUGAUGUCACUUUUCUGGUCUCUUAGAUGUAAACGAAACAGGUAAACAUAUAACACCUUUCUAGCUCAAAACCUGCUAUUGUCAGCAAUAUAAUUGGUUGUGAAUUAUUUUAUGUAUCUUUUUGACAUUUUAUUUAAUUUUAUGUAGCACAUUUUUUGUUGUUUAGCAUGCAGGUUUAGUCAUGCAUUUUAUACAUAUCAGUGAUUUUUUUAGAUUGUUUAUGUAAUUAUAUAAAAUGGUAAUAAGCUAAAUACAACCCGCUAUAAAUAUAUAUAAUUAUUUCAAUAAAAUGUUUUCAUCACUUGUUCUGAUGUUAGUGUAAAUAUUACGGUAUCGGUAUUUAAAUCAAUACAUGAAGCAAUUGUAGAAAUUUAAAAUAAGUUAUAACACCAGAUAACAACAAAAACAAGGUUAUCGUUUUUAAAAUAAGUUAUAACACCAGAUAACAACAAAAACAAGGUUAUCGUUUUGACCAACAAAGAAACAAAUUAGAUGAUUGUAAAUACACACCUUAAUGGUUAGUGACCUUAAAACAUUAUCAGUCAUGAAAAUACAAAUACAGAUAAUAAUAUAUGCUAAUAAGAUACCUUUGAUGAGAGCAAUAUAAUUUCAUCUAAGCAAAUUUACAUUGUGAUAAUGACAUCACACAACAGAAAUAAUGGAUAUUGUUAAAAGCCGUAUCCUAACAUUGAUCUGAAUGUUUUGUCCGAUAUUAUUGCCUUGUUAAUUUUUGUGCAUCAACAUGCAUUGUUGACAUUAUUUUGCUCAUCCAAAGAGAGAUUUUUGCUUCAGAUUGGUUUUUGAUUGUAUUUUUAGGUUUUUUAAUUCAAUGUUAUAAAAGACAUUUCAAAUAAAUAUUCUCCUAAUUGUGUACAAAUAUCAAAAUACAUUGCCUGCUAUGGUUUCUAGUCAUAUAAAUGAAUCUGUAUUUGACAAAUGACUUAAUUACAUAUGCUUCAAUUAUUGUACUUUUUAGUUGAAUACCUUAAAAGUUUACCUAUUUUUACUAAUGCAUUGUACAUGAACGUCGGUUUGGGAAAUGGAGAAUCUCAAAAUAAUUUAUUUUGAAUUGUUGAUAAACCAUGAUUUAUUUUCCUUAACUUUUCUUUUCAAUUGUUAAAGAAAUUGUUAUAAAAUAAAUAGAAAUGUUCUCUUAUUACUAAACUGAAAAAUCUAUCAAGUUGUUUUAAGUUAAUAUAACUGAACAUUGAAAGUCUAUUCUAAUAGUCUGUACAACAGAUUUGUUUAAUGUUGUUUGUAUUUGUAUAGCAUUUAUUUUGUAUAUUUUUGAAAACUGUUAUUUUUCAUACAUAAUCUGCACCUAUUAUUGUCCACUGAUUUAUAGAUUUAAUAGCUUGUUCCUAUACCGGAUUACUUUACUCGACUUUCACUCUGUUACUAUAUUAAUUUCAUGCUUCAUAAUUAGUGAUUGUAGUUUACUUAUUGUUGGAAUAAAUUUAUAUUUAUUUUAUUUCAAUACAAAUCAUUUUGUAUAACCAUUUAUUAUAAGUAUCUAGAUAACAGUGAUUUUUAUAGUUUAAACCCAGUGAUACAAUGGACAUCAAGAUCAAAUCACAGUGUGGGAUUAAAAGUAGUUAGAAUCAUUUAUGUCUAAUUCUAAUAGCACAUUUGUACAUAUUGCUAUGAAAUAUUUAGAUUUUAAAAAAUAUUUGCAAAUUCCAAGUAAAAUAAUUACUAUGAAUGAUUUUGUUCACCCGAAACCUUUUUACAUUACUACAACUUAAUCUUCAUUGAUUUUUGCUUGUGAAAAUAAUUUGAGAAAAACAUGUUAACAAAGGAAUAUAGAUCUGGAAUACAUUUUUUAGUAAGAUUAGAUAACUGUAUUUGAUUGUGUAUAUUAUCGGUUUAGAAAACAGUUAUGGACAAGGCAAUAUCACACUGUAAAGGUUAUGUGCUUCCAUAUUUACUGUGAUGUUAUUAUUUUGCAUGUGUUCAUUAUAUUAAUAAAUAUAAUUAUGGCAUGUGAACAUAUAUUGUUCAUAUAAUUUUGUAAAUUGUAUUAUCAGCCUUUAUAUUUUAAUCGAGUAUCAUACAUCAUUACAUAAAAAUUUCAAUCAUCUGGUGUGUGAUUGAUGGUCAAAGUCCUUUUGUCUCGUAAUACAGUGGAAUAAAUGUAACCAAACAUUUUUAUGUUUUAGGUUUUUUUUUUUUUCCAUCUUUUAAUGUUCGUAUAAAAAGUAUACAGGGCUCGACCUUAGCGGUAGCCCGGGGUGUUUUAGCUACCAAUUUCUCACUUGGGCUAUCAGAUGUCUAAACAUGGUAGUCUUCUGGGAUACUGGAUUUUUUUGGCACAUCCAGUUACUACACAAUCAACAAUUUUUACUGAGGGCUACUAGAUUCAUAAAAAUGUUAAGGUCAAUGCCUGGUGUAAGAUAGAUUAGAGAGCACAGAGCCUCUGUUGCAAGUCACUGGGCUGUCAGGUUGAUGAUCCCAUAAUCCCAUCAAGGCUAGUACACACUUUCUCACCUGUUACUGUGCUGAUCUAAUUAACUGUGCUGAUCUAAUUAUCGUAAUAUACAAGUCGGUGUUAAGAUGUAGUCUUGUUUUUUCGUGAUAUAUAUGUUUGUGCAUUUCUUGAUGAACAUAAAAAAACAACAACAUUUA